ACUCCCAGUGCCACUCCAGCCGGGCUCCCGGCCUUGCCCAUGCCCAGCCCUGCCAGUGCCACUCCCAGCCAGCGCCACUGGGUCUCCUCGGCCACCAGCGCCAACGACUCCUUCGAGAUACGGCCGGCCUCCAAGCCAGACAUGGACACGAUUCCUGCCGGGGACCUGCAGGCCCGGGCCCUGGCCAGUCUCCGCGUGAACUCCCGCAACUCCUUCGUGUUCAUCCCCAAGAACAAGGCCUCCGGGGCCCCUCCUAGCCCAGGGAGGCAGUCCGUGAGGCUGCCAGAGGGGGAGGUUGUCUGGGCCUCCCAACAGCGUGGAGCCCACCUGGUGCCUGGAGCCGAUCGUGCGCCUGUCCGAGGGAGGAGCCCCUUGGGGGUCCAGGAGGGGGCCUGCCCCAGGCCAGCCACAGCCCUAGUGGACCGGGCUGUUAGGUGGCAGAGGCCAUCCUCACCACCCCCAUCCCUGCCGGCUGCCCCCGAAGCUGAGCCUUCCCAGGGCUUCGGGGUUCCCGGCUUGGCCAAGAAUGGCGGGGAGCCUGGAAGGCCAGGGCUGCCCGUCACCUUCAUCGACGAGGUGGACUCGGAGGAUGAGGUUCCCCAAGAAGCCAAACUGCCCUGCUCGGGGGCCAGCGUGCCUCCCCAGUACCACCCAUCAGAGCUGCACCGAGGUGGCAACACCUUCACGGUGGUGCCCAAGAGGAAGCCAGGGGCCCUGCAGGCCAACGGGGAGCCUGGGCCACAGGAGGCCGAGGAAGUGGAGGUGGAUAGCCUCUCAGAGCCCCUUGCUGUCUCGGGGACCGCACUGAAGAAGCGCUACCCCACCGUGCAUGAGAUCGAGGUGAUUGGCGGCUACCUGGCCUUGCAGAAGUCCUGCCUCACCAAGGCUGGCUCCUCGAGAAAGAAGAUGAAGAUCUCCUUCAAUGACAAGAGCCUGCACACCACGUUCGAGUACCCUUCUGAGAGCUCCCUGGUGCAGGAGGCAGAGGCGGAGGCCGAGGGAGCUGGAGAGGAGGAAGAGGAGGAGGAGGAGGAGGGGCCCGGCUUGAAUGGGGCCGUGGAGAAGCCCUUUGCACUCUUCCUGCCCCGAGCCACCUUUGUGAACAGCGUGGCGCCUGAGAGCCCUCGCCUGCCAGAUGGCAGCUCAGGCCUGUCCAGCUACACUCCAAAGCACUCCAUGGCCUUCAGCAAGUGGCAGGAGCAGACUUUGGCACAGGCCCCAGGAGAGCUGGAGCCCUCACAGAAGGAGGUCAUGCUCACCCCUGCCAGUCACAACGACCUUUCGGACUUCCGCAGCGAGCCAGCCCUCUAUUUCUGACUCCAGCCCCACCAGGAUGGCCAAGCUCCACCCUCAUUCUGCACACCCCCUUAUGCCCUGCCAGGCUCUGUCCCCCUGUAACCCACCUUCCAUUCCUGGGCCUAAGAACCAUGCUGGUGCUGGAGGCCUGAGCUGGGGCACUAGGGGCCACACCGUCCCUUGGGGUCUCCCUCUCCAGCUAUGGUUUGGGGCAGGGUCCUGCUGGCAGCUGUGCCAUGACUGUUGGGUGUGUCCAGGGUGAAGGACUGACUCAGCUGCCUGUCCUCUGUAGGACUACAAGCCUCCCCAUGUC